GAGGAGGCCCACUGAUAGGAAUUAGGGGGAGCAAACACACUGCGCUCACAUUUUUCAACAACUUUAUGUCCUGAUUUUCUCUCUUCGCUUCUUUUCCAGAACAACAGAGACAAUGAUGAGCCAGAAGCUGGGAUUCCUGAGCAGCGUGCUGUGUAAAUGGCACGCACAGGCGACUCUCAUUGGUAAAUCUGUGCUGCCCGUGUUGCUGCUCAUCAGACUUGUGAUACUGGGUGCUGCAGUGCACACAGUUUGGUCGGACGACGAAGAGACUUUUAAGAGUUACGCCUUGCAGCCAGGCUGUCAGACGGCCUGUUUUGAUGCAUGCACACCUCUGUCUUUACCUCGUUUGUGGACAAUACAGCUGGUUCUUGUUUUGGCUCCCGGUCUCGUCUUCCUCUGCUACCUGAUCCACCUCACCAACCAGGAAACCCAGGUGCAGAAGGGGAAUGGUGAGGUCAAAGGUCACACUCUGACCGUGUACCUGGCCUGCACGGUGUUUGUAAUCUUAGUAGAGGUCGGAUGUAACGUGGUUCAGUGGCUCCUCUAUGGUUUCCAGUUAUCUACUAAAUUUACAUGUGUGAGAAAUCCAUGUCUUCACACUGCAGAUUGUUUCGUUCCCCAUGCGAGGGAGAAGACAAUACUCCUUCAUAUCAUGCUCACGACCUCCAGCCUGUCCAUCCUUCUGAAUGCAGUCGAGGCCGUUUGCGCCAAGCUGAGGCGGCCGGACGGUGGAAAGACCCUGCGGUCCGCUUCAGUGGUUGAGGAGAGCAUCUUGAGCCGACUGCUGGCCCUGUGGCACUCCCACGCUGGAUUCUUGGGUAAAACAGUCCUCCCAGUGUUGCAGCUGGUCCGACUCGUUCUUGUCGGCGCAGCGGUGCAGCCAGUGUGGAGCAACGAUUUAAGAGACUUUGUUUGUAACACCAAGCAGUCGGCCUGCAAAAUCGCUGCCUAUAAUGUUGUCUUCCCCUUCACUUUGAAUCAGUACUGGACGCUGCAGGUGGCCCUCGUUUUGGCUCCUGGUCUGAUUUAUUUCUCCUACUUGGUCCACCUCCUGAUGACAGAAAAACAGAGUGGAACAGGAACUGUGGCUAAAGGUCAGAACCUGCGGGGAUAUUUGGGCCUCUUGUCAGCUGUGGCCCUGCUGGAGGUGGGAUUUGCAGUGGGGCAGCCUUUGAUUUUUGGCCUCUCCCUGCCUGCAUCUGUCUAUGUGGGUGUCCAUCCGUGUCUCAGCAUGGUUGAUUGUCACGUGUCCCAAUCGAUGGAGAAAUCAGUGUUCAUGUUCAUCAUGUUAGUUUUGGCCUGUGUGUCAGGACUGCUGACCCUGGUGGAGAUGUGCACGGUGCUGAAGACAGAGAGGCCCCAGAUGAAGCACCAGGACAACAUGAAUCGUGAAUCAUGCUACGAAGAGAAAGAAGCCGGUACUGAAAAGGAUGACGCCUGCAUGAAACUGAACAUCUGAAGUGGAAAGAAGUGAGCUAGCUCAGUUUGAGACACUCUUAUAUAUAUAUAAAUAUAUAUAUAUUAUGCAUGAAAAACCGCAUUAGCCUCUUAGAUUUUCAUCUUCCACAGAAACCCCCCACAAAAAUCCCUUUAAAGUCCAGAUGGAGCUGCUUGGAAAAGAGUGGUUGGAGAAGCCACAAUAUGAAGCGAUGUACACAGUUUGCGGUUGCAUAGUACAGUACAUGAAGUUCCUCAUUUUUUUUUUUAUUUUUAUUUUUUUUUUUUAAAGCCUGUCAUGUCU